AUGGCCAACUCUACCACCGCAGAGCCAGAGAAGAUGGAACAGGGCGAAGAAGAGGAGGAAGAAGAGAAUGUGGAUGGUGACGAGGAGGAUGGCGAGGAAGAAGAGGAGGAGGACCUGGAGCCUGUUGAUACCGUGACCGUUGGGAGCACGUACAAGUGCCGCAGGAAUGACGAUACCUUGCAUGUUGCAGAGAUUGUGAAGACCCGAAAGACAAAGGAGAACGUGGAGGAGUUCUAUGUGCACUACGUUGGGCUGAACCGUCGGCAAAAUGAAUGGGUGGAUAAGUCUCGUCUGCUGCAAGCCAAGGAAGUUAAAGCUGAAGAGAACAACACGGAGGAAACCAAUGACGUUUCAGAGAAGGGCGCCAGGGGCAAUAAACGGAAACUCGAGGAUGGCGACGCUGAUCAGAAGAAAAGGAAAGUUGACGAAGCGGAGGACGACUUCACUGAAGAUUUGACCUGCGGUCUGUGCAGGUCUCUGUUCAAGGAGCCAGUAAUCUUGGAAUGUGGCCACAACUUUUGCAAACAGUGCAUUGAUAAGUCUUGGGAGAGUGCCACCGCGUUUUCUUGCCCAGAAUGCAAGGAAGUAUUGUCUGAGCGGAAGUAUACAACCAACCGAGUAUUGGCCAGCCUGGUCAAGAAAGCUGCUGUGUCGGUGAAGGACGUAAAGCCCAAAGAGAAAUGCGACGAGCAUGACGAGAGAUUAAAGCUGUUCUGCAAAGAUGAUGGAACCCUGGCCUGUGUCAUCUGUCGUGACUCUCUGAAGCAUUCGGCUCACAACUUCCUUCCCAUCCAGGAUGCUGUAGGGGUGUACAGGGACCAGUUAAUUGCUUUAGUGACCCCGUUGGAAUCUACAAUGAAGGAAAACCAGAAGCUGAAGUCUGAGCAAAGCCAGAAGAUCACUCUGCACAGAGAUAAUCUUCUUGAUUACAAGAAACACAUCGAGUCUGAGUUUGAGAAGCUUCACCAAUUCCUGCGUGAGAAGGAGACCAAAAUGGUUGAAGAUCUCAAUGGUGAAGGGGAGGUGCUGCUGAAGGAAAUGGAGACAAACCUGGUUAAAAUGACCGACAACUGCGAAUUUAUCGAAGAGGCAAUCUCUACGACACAAUCCAGGCUCAAUGAGAGUGAUCCGAUCGCUUUCCUGACGGAUAUAAAGAGCUUCAUUGAACGGUGCUGUGAGGAACACAGGAAGGGAGUUCCUGCCGAGAGUGUUCUGGUUAACAAGGAUCUCAGCCAGGGUCGAUUCAAGGGUCCAAUUCAAUACAUCGUAUGGAAGGAGUUGAAAUCUUUUGUUCAGCCAGGCCUUUCUCCGUUGACGCUCGACCCUCAAACUGCACAUCCCAACCUUGUGCUCACUGAAGGCUUGACUAGUGUGAAGUACACUGACACAAAGCAGCAACUCCCAGAUAAUCCGAAGCGUUUCAGCCAGUGUAUUUUAGUCCUUGGUGCUGAAGGAUUUGACUCGGGGAAGCAUUACUGGGAGGUUGAAGUGGGUAACAAAACUGCUUGGGAUGUUGGUAUGGCCAGCGAGUCUAGUAACAGGAAGGGCAAAAUCAAGCUUAACCCUAAAAAUGGCUACUGGGCAAUCUGGCUGCGGAAUGGUAAUGCUUUCAAGGCUCUGGAGUCUCCAUCCAAGACUCUGAACCUGACUAGUAAACCGCAAAAGAUUGGGGUGUAUGUAGAUUAUGAAGGAGGUCAGGUGUCCUUUUACAAUGCAGAUGACAUGUCACCCAUUUACACUUUUAACGGAGUCUUCACUGAAAAGCUAUACCCAUAUCUGUCACCAUUCCUUCAAGAUUCUGGCAAGAACGCAGAGCCACUGAAACUGGUUCACAACAAAAUGUAA